AGUCCAAAACACUUGGAGGGAGGGCCCAAGCUUGCCCAUGCCUGCUUUAAGUUAUAAACCGACGUCUUCACUUUCUAACGGCGAUACAGAGGAAUAGAGAGGUUUGAACCGGUCGCCUGGCAACGGGUCGCCUUGGAGACGGUCGCCUGGCAACGGGACGCGCGCGCGGCGGGUCCGGCCCAACACUGGGGCGCCAUGGACGCGGAGGCGCUGCCUUACGCGCUGGACCUUGUGGCGAGCAGCGGCGUGUGCCUCAGCCCGGAGAAGCGGGCGGCCCUGCGGAACUCGCUCCUGCUGGUACGCCGCGACUACCGCUUCGAGCAAGUCCGCCUGUGGGGCCGCAUCCAAGGCAUCCGCGGGGCCUACUACAUCGCCGAGGGAUUGGGCCCGGACAGAGCCGGGGCUCGAAGCCGCCUCUACAGCUUAAACUGUGUUGACUGGAGCCUUCUGCCCCCUCCUACUGAGGAAAUGGUUACACUGACUGCAGGGCUAAAAGGACGCUUCCAAGGGGAUCCAUCUUAUGAAUAUGAACAGCCUGAGAAGAAAGAAGACCCUGAAAGACCAUAUGAAGAGGAAGUUGCAGCCUUGAUCAAAGAGGAGACCCGUCUUGUAGCUACAAUACAUCAGAUAGAUAAAGCAGUGGGUAUCGUUCCACGAGGUGCAUAUGUAAAGUCACCACUUGGACCUGUGCAUGAAAACAGGAGCUUUGAAGGUUUGUCAUUGACAGAGGGCAAAAAGUUAAGCUCUUAUUUCCAUUUCACUGAGCCUGAAAAUCUGAAGAAUAAAACUCUCUUGGAGAAAGCUGACUUAGAUCCAGCCAUUGAUUUCUUGGAUUCUCUUGAACAUGAUAUUCCAAAAGAAGACAUCACAGCCCUGUUUCACCAUUGCCUCACCACUAGCUACUUUUAGUGGGACCCUGGAUUCUAUGAACAGAAGGAUGGAGUGGUCAUGGGGAGCCCUCUCAGCCCAGUAGUAGCAAAUUUCUAUAUGGAAUACUUUGAAAAACAGGCCCUAGAAACAGCACCAAAAAAGCCAACUGUUUGGUUCAGAUACGUAGAUGACACCUUCACAAUUUGGAGCCAUGGAGAGGAAGAACUCGGCAAGUUCCUGGACCAUCUUAACAGCAUCCACCCAAACAUCCAAUUCACCAUGGAAAAAGAAAAGGAAGGAAAACUGCCAUUUCUAGAUGUUCUGGUCAUCUGCAAACCCAAUCAACAAUUGGGCCACACAGUUUACAGAAAACCUACACACACAGAUAGAUACCUUCAUAAAAACUCCAACCAUCACCCAAGUCAAAAAAGGAGCACAAUCAAAGCCCUGACAGACCGUGCACAAAGAAUCUGCGAACCUCAUCUCCUCCAAGGUGAACUCAACCACCUAAACUGGGCUCUACAGGCCAAUGGAUACUCCACCACAGACAUCAGAAGAGCUGCAAGGCCAAGAACAAGCCAUGAGAGUCAAGACAAAGAUCCACCCAGAGGAAAGGUGUUCCUACCAUACAUCAAGGGAACCACUGACCGCAUAGGCAAACUGAUGAAGAAGCACAAUCUACAAACUAUCUACAGACCCACAAAGAAAAUCCAACAAAUGCUACGGUCAGCGAAGGACAAGAGGGAUCCUCUCUCUUCUGCAGGAAUCUACCGGAUACCAUGCAGCUGUGGACAAGUCUACAUAGGGACCACCAAAUGCAGCGCCCAAACAAGAGUCAAAGAACAUGAAAGGCAUUGCAGACUAAUUCAACCAGAGAAAUCAGCCAUAGCAGAGCAUUUGAUGAACCAGCCUGGACACAGGAUAUUAUUUGAGAACACAAAAAUGCUGGACCAUUCCAACAACUAUCAUGUCAGACUACACAAAGAAGCCAUUGAAAUCCACAAGCAUAUGGACAAUUUCAACAGAAAGGAAGAAACCAUGAAAAUGAACAAAAUCUGGCUACCAGUAUUACAAAACUCCAAAAUCAAAACAGUAGAUGGGAACCAAAACUCUGAGGGCUUGACUGAACAAAGGAUGCCCCCAGGCAUGAGACAAAACAUUUCCAAUGCUAAUUAGGGUGAUUAACUGAAACAUUAAUGCUGGCUCCCAGUGACAAAAGACUCUUGCCACACCCUGGACUCUCCACAGAUAUAUAUUCUUUCCUUUCCUUACUUAGUUUAUCCAUACCUCACAACCUCUGAGGAUGCCUGCCAUAGAUGUGGCCGAAACGUCAGGAGAGAAUACUUCUGGAACAUGGCCACACAGCCCGAAAGACAUACAACAACCCUGUGAUCCCGGCCAUUAAAGCCUUCGACAACACGUCCUCUUUACUGUUGCUAAAAAACAGUAUAUGAUGAUGAUGUAUUUGUUAUUGUUAUUAAAAUAUUUUAACCCCACCUUAUAUCAAAAAAGACAGGGUGGCUUACAAAUACGUAGCACUGAGACAAGUUGAACAGUUUAAAACAGUAAUGUAAUUUUAGAUGCUAAAAACAUGUUAAGGAUCAUGACUUAAAAAAGGAUUUUAAAAAAUAAAAACCACAUAUAACAGUAUUUGGUAUUGAGGCCCUAAUGAAAUUGCAAGUUUUAAUUCACUAUCUAAAUGAAACGACUGUUGGCGCCAAUUGGGCCUCCAAGACAAGGGCAUUCCACAGUUGGUUAUUGUACCACCAGGUGGAUUAUCCAGUUUUGGGUUUAGCGGGUAGAUGGGAAGUGCUUAUUGCUCUUUGUACUGACUAGGAUAGGAAUGCCAGAGGCUAAAAGAGUGCUGACUCUAUUUUGGCUAUUGGGAAUAUUGGACGUGCCCUUUUAAAUAGAAGCUCUGUGGUUAAAAGUUUUUUUUAGGAGACAUUAACAUUGACUCUAGACCAGCUAAAGUAAUCUGUUUCAAAGGCUUCAAAAGCUAUAGGACUUCAGUUCACUGUAAUUUAUUUGCCAUAUUGAUUUUAGUCAGAUGUUUGGUAUAGAGCCUGUGGUUGUGAAAGCAAGUGCCACGAUUGGAAAUUAUCUUUAAAUAAGAAAUCAGGAUUGAAAUCUUGGUCUUAAAACCCAUUUAAUUUAGUUUGGAAUGAGCCAAUCAUGGCUAAACUUAUCUGCACCAGGGCCCUUUGGCAAUUAAUCUAUAUAUAUAUAAAGAUAAAAAAAAUUGGCCUAGGACAAAACAACAAAACUACACAUUCCAGAACCACUAAACUUGGCAACACAACCCCUCAUCCAUGCCUCUACGUUCAUACAACAAAAAGAAAAGAAAAAUAAAGUCCUAAUUAGAGGGAGAUGAAUAAUUGUUUUUAUCUAAUUGCUGCCAGUUAGAAGGCUAAGCUCUGCCCACUUGGUCUCCUAGGAACCUACUCAGCCCAGGGGACAGGCACAGUUCGGCCUCAGGCCUCUUCCACACUGCCUAUAAGAUACAGAUUAUCUGAUUUUAACUGGAUUAUAUGGCAGUGUAGACUCAAGGCCCUUCCACACAGCUAUAUUACCCAUUUAUAAUCUUAUAUUAUCUGCUUUGAACUGGAUUAUCUUGAGUCCACACUGCCAGAUAAUUCACUUCAGUGUGCAUUUUAUACACCUGUGUAGAAGGGGCCUCAUAUAAUCCAGUUCUAAGCAGAUAAUAUAAGAUUAUAAAUAUACAGUAGAGUCUCACUUAUCCAACAUAAACAGGCCGGCAGAACGUUGGAUAAGUGAAUAUGUUGGAUAAUAAGAAGGGAUUCAGAAAAAGCCUAUUAAACAUCAAAUUAGGUAAUGAUUAGACAAAUUAAGCACCAAACAUCAUGUUAUACAACAAAUUUGACAGAAAAAGUAGUUCAAUGCUCAGUAAUGCUAUGUUGUAAUUACUGUAUUUACAAAUUUAGCACCAAAAUAUCACAAUUAAUUUAAAACAUUGACUACAAAGACAUUGACUACUAAAAGGCAGGCUGCGUUGGAUAAUCCAGAACACUGGAUAAGGAAUGUUGGAUAAGUGAGAUUCUACUGUAAUAUGAAAUAAUUACUGUGGUAAUCCAAUCCAACCCAAUUCUCCCAUGGAGGACACAAUCCAAGCAUGCCCAACAGAUGGCCACCCAGCCUCUUAAUAAUAAUACCCCCCCCCCCCCCCCGCAGGUGCCACCUUGACAUGGUGGGGGGGCUUAACCAUUCCGAGGACGCUGAGGGUUGUGCUGGCGGUAGUGAAACCUGCUGGCGGCAGGUCCAACCAUGCCAGAGAGGCCUCAGCCGAGGAAUGGAACCAAGAGCACCUAACCCAUUAGCACUAUGGAGAAUCAAACCAAAAUGAAGUCUAUACUGGCUCGGUCGUCGCCCAGGAUAAAAAGGACCGCGUUGGAUGCCGCUGAUUCUGGACAUCCAUCGACAAGUGGGCUACGGAAUCAUCAAAACCCAAAUGAACAGUCACAGAAGCAGCAGAAAUAUACAAUGCCAGAAAACCGCAGAGUUAUGAAAUGCUAUUACAACUCUGAACCUGAAAAGCGUGGCUACCAAAAAAGGAUGCAUCAGCUAUAUAUUAUUAUUAUUAUUAAUAAUAAUAAUAAUAAUAAUAGAAGCAUAGAAUCCAAGAGUUUGGAGAGACCCCUAAGGGCCAUCUAGCCCAACCCUUUCAACUAUGCAGCAGGACACAAUCCAAGCAUUCACAACACAUGGACAACGUAUAAAUACUAUACAAUACUACACAGGGACAUAGACCCCUCUAUCCUCACCAUUUUCACAGUACACAAACAACCAAAUGCAUACUAAACAUAAAGACAACCAUACAACAGACAUUCAAUACCACCACUACCUCAACAAUUUCUCGCCAAUACCACCAGACAAUGCCACAGCAACGCGUGGCCGGGCACAGCUAGUUAAUGUAUAAACAAGGCAAAUUAUAGAGUAUUAAUUAGAAAAGCUGUUUGUAUUUCAGAAUAUGAGUUUGUUGUUACUUGAUUCCAAUAAAAACUGUUGCAUUUUGAUUUUAA